GGUGGCAGGGGAUCGGGACGCGCGCCCCCGCCUGGUCCAUGAGCGCCGGGGCCGCCACAGCCUCACGCCCCGGUGGCUCCAGAGCGCACUGCCGGGCACUCUCCGGAGCUCGGGCGUCCGCGAUCGCGUGCUGAGGCGCCGGCGGUGACAAGAGGGGGGUGCGGCGCAGCUCUGCCACCGGUUCCCAGCCGGCGCCUGGGACCCGCCUGGAGUGGCUUGGCUGAGCCGCGCCGGUGACCCACGGGCUUCCGGACCCUCGCAGCAGCUGCGAGGAGCUCGGGCCACUGCUUCCCCCGCUCCACUCUGGGCGCCCGGGGCCACUCGCUGCCGCUGCCCAUGGGUAUCCGAGAGUUUCCCGGCAGCGCUCCCAGGGCCAAGAGCAUCGCUGUUGGCAUGAGGAGGUCACCGGACGUCAGCCCGCGGAGACUGUCGGACAUCAGCCCUCAGCUCCGGCAGCUUAAGUACUUGGUGGUGGACGAGGCGAUCAAGGAGGAUCUGAAAUGGUCGCGAUCCGUGGAGGACCUUACUAGCGGGCCAGUGGGGCUCACGUCCAUCGAGGAACGGAUCCUGCGCAUCACGGGUUACUAUGGCUACCAGCCCUGGGCGACGAGCUACAAAAGGGAGGAGCGCCCCCGGGAGCCCCCGGGCCCUGCAGAGGCCCAGGCGCAAGCUGGGACAGAGGCUGGAGGGAGGACGAGCCGGCAGCGCUGGACAUGCUCUCAAGAGCUGCUGAGGAAGGUCUUCUGGGGAGUGGCCGUCGUGUUCUGCGUGUGUGCCUCCUGGGCCGGCUCCACACAGCUCGCCAGACUGACUUUCAAGACCUUCGAUGCACCCUUCACCCUGACUUGGUUUGCCACCAACUGGAACUUUCUCUUCUUCCCAUUGUACUACGCAGGGCAUGUGUGCAAGUCUACAGAGAAGCAGUCUGUGAAACAGAGAUACAGGGAAUGCUGUCGGUUUUUUGGAGACAAUGGCUUGACUUUGAAAGUUUUCUUUACCAAGGCAGCACCAUUCGGUGUUCUUUGGACUCUCACAAACUACCUAUACUUACACGCAAUAAAGAAAAUAAAUGCUACAGAUGUCUCCGUGCUGUUCUGCUGCAACAAAGCUUUUGUUUUCUUGCUGUCGUGGAUCGUUCUCAGGGACAGAUUCAUGGGAGUGAGGAUUGUGGCCGCCAUCCUUGCCAUCGCAGGCAUUGUCAUGAUGACUUACGCAGAUGGUUUCCACAGUCACUCAGUCAUCGGCAUAGCCCUGGUGGUGGGCUCUGCUUCCAUGUCAGCCCUCUACAAGGUCCUGUUCAAGCUGCUGCUAGGCAGUGCCAAGUUCGGAGAAGCGGCCUUAUUUCUGUCCAUCCUGGGUGUGUUCAACAUCCUCUUCAUCACCUGCAUCCCCGUCAUCCUCUACUUCACCCGAGUGGAGUACUGGAACUCCUUCGACGACAUUCCAUGGGGAAACCUCUGUGGGUUCUCCAUUCUCUUAUUGACAUUCAAUAUUGUAUUAAAUUUUGGAAUCGCUGUCACGUAUCCCACACUGAUGUCUCUCGGAAUUGUCCUCAGUGUGCCUGUGAAUGCCGUGGUCGAUCACUAUACCAGUCAGAUAGUCUUCAACGGAGUCAGAGUCAUCGCCAUCAUCAUUAUCGGCCUGGGCUUCCUCCUCCUGCUCCUGCCAGAAGAGUGGGAUGUCUGGUUGAUCAAGUUGCUCACCCGCCUCAAAGUGAGGAAGAAGGAAGAGACCACAGAGAGCAGCGGGGACUUGGGCACAGGCCCCCAGAGCAGGAGCAGAAGAGCCCGCCCAUCCUUCGCUCGCUGAGACCACUCCUCUAGGACUCUGGGAUGCCCCCAUGGUAAUGUUUUUGAGGUCUAUUGCUAAGGGAGGAACCUCAGUUGGGUGAGGUGUACAUACAUGUACAGUUUUGGUAAUCUGCAGUAAGUUCUAUGGUAUUUAUUGGCAUGUCCAAUUUGCUUGCACUUUUCCACAUCAGACCUUCCACUUAAGGUACCAAUUCAAAAUGGAAGAGAAAAGAAACUCUCAGUGCUUCUUCAAUGAAUGUAAAGUGGGGUUAAAUGAGCCUUGCAUUGAUUGCUCCAGAGGACAGGACACACUGGGGCAAAUGCUCUGCCUCUUAGCAACUGAAAAUGACAUUGUACACUGUGAUUAUUUUUCAGCUAUAGUAGGUCAUAUUUUGUUUUAUACCAGAACUGUAUACUUAAUUUUAAGGAAUUUCAAUGAACCAAAAGAUAAUUGUCAGUGAAUCUGGAUGGAUGGAUGGAUGGAUGGAUGGAUUUAUGGAUGGAUUUAUGGAUGGAUGGAUGGAUGUGUGGACAGAUGGGUAGCUGGGUGGUGGACAGACAGGUGGAUGGGAAGGGAAGAGAAAGAUGAAGCAGACAAGGAUAAUGGGCAUGAAGAUAAUUGGAGGACAGGCCUUGGCCAGGUCACAUAACAGAAAGUGGGAAUCUGACCUAGCUGGCCUGCUUUCUUGUGUCUUCACAAGUCCAUGAGGAGAACUUAGUGCCUUCUACAGCAUCUCCGUCCUUACCUAUGUGAAGCGAGGUGACAUCAUAUGUCACUGGCGCCGUCUUAUAAUGUAGAUGUAGAAAUCUUUAAAAAACAAACUAUAUGUGUAUAUGUGUGUACAAAAAGUGACAACGCCGGUGGCCAGUGCGUUUGGAUGGUGUUUGGCGAUGUGUAGCGUGCACAGCAGGUGCACUGUGUGGGAGGAAUUGCUGGUGGCUUUCACUCCCAGACCAAGACUGAAACACUAUUUACGGAGUCUGUAAACCUUUUUAAGAAACUUUUAAGCACCGGGCUGUUUACUUACACAAUCUAGGUCUGCCAGAAACUUCUAUCUGUGAUAGAUCUGUACAGAGGGACUGGGGUUAGAGUUUACUAUUUUUGAAGUUUACAUUGUUACAUAUAAAUGGGAACCUGAUUUUGAAAUGAUGUCAUAUCCCAAUGGUGCAUUCUGGAACCAUGGAGUCUUUUGUUUCCCGGGGGAAAGGGGCACUCAUGACCUGAACUUUUUAGCCAAUUAUUCUUCUCAGUUUCCAUUACUUGUUUGGCCAAACAGAUUAAUAAAAUAUUUGAAACAAA